AUGUGUCGUCACGGCAGGUCAGAGUGGGUGCGGAUUAGGGGAGGAGGGGAGAAGAGGGUGGGUGAACAUGGGAAUUCGGGUCAGGCUGACGCCACAAGAGUCAGUUUUCUAAUGCAACUGGUAGAAGUGGGCAAUUUUGGUGAAGAACGGCUUUCGGACACGGUUGGAAUGGGACAAUCAAGGAGAAACUGGGCAUCUCACUCUCUUCAGAAGAGGUCAUAA